AUGGUCCAAAAAGCCUCUCUUUACCCUCACCCACAGCCUGGCCUGGGCACCUAUGGGUGCUCCCUGAAGACCCACUGCAGUGCUAUUUAUGGUCUCCACGGAAACCCUGGCCCCGCCCCCGAAGACAUGUCCCUAGCACGAGGCGGCUGUGGGACACCGGACACCGGACGGCUGCAGCGGGCGAGUAGGGUGCGCGUUUCCCGCGGGAUCACGAUGAUGCAAAGUGCGGUGCUGCCGACAGAGAGCCCCGUGAAGAGUUUACCGGAGAUUCUCGGAGUGCCACUGCAACAGAUCCCUCAGUGCGCAGGGUGCAGUCAACACAUCCUGGACAAGUUCAUCCUCAAAGUGCUGGACAGACACUGGCACUCCAAGUGCCUCAAGUGUGCAGACUGCCAGACCCCGCUGGCCGACAAGUGCUUUUCCAGAGCAGGGAGCGUGUACUGCAAAGAAGAUUUCUUCAAGCGUUUUGGGACAAAGUGUGCGUCAUGCCAGCAGGGCAUCCCUCCCACACAGGUGGUGCGGAAAGCACAGGACUUUGUGUAUCACCUGCACUGCUUUGCCUGCAUCAUGUGCAGUCGACAGCUGGCCACUGGUGAUGAGUUUUAUCUCAUGGAGGAUGGGAGACUGGUCUGCAAAGUGGAUUAUGAGACGGCCAAACAGAAUGAUGACUCUGAAGCAGGGACCAAGAGACCCAGGACCACCAUCACAGCUAAGCAGCUAGAGACGCUGAAAAGUGCCUAUAAGAACUCUCCCAAACCAGCACGCCACGUCCGGGAGCAACUGUCUUCAGAGACCGGCCUGGACAUGCGGGUGGUGCAGGUGUGGUUUCAGAACAGGCGAGCAAAAGAAAAGCGGCUGAAGAAGGAUGCAGGGCGCCAUCGCUGGACACAGUUUUAUAAGAGCGUCAAACGCAGUCGAGGAGGAACAAAAGCAGAAAAGGAGAGCUCCGCUGAUGACGCAGGCCUCAGUGAUAGUGAACUCAGCUUCAGAGAUGACCAGGUGCUGUCAGACCUGGGCCAUGCUAACGGCCUCUACGGCAGUGUGGGCGAUGUGACUGGUGGAGGCGUUCUCAAUGGGAGCUUCACGGUGGACGCAGUGGGACAGUCUUACCACGACAUCAGAGCAGGAAGUCCGUACGGUCUUCCCCAAUCACCGUCGUCCAUCGGGUCUCUGCCUGGACACACACCUCUGCUCAACAACCUGGCAUUCAGCAUGGACAGCCUGGUGGCACAAGGUGGGACAGGGGGUGUGGGCCAGGCCCUCAGAGCCAUGGCAGGAGGCCCCACCUCAGACCUGUCCACAGGCAGCAGUACGGGAUACCCCGACUUCCCCACCAGCCCCGCUUCCUGGCUCGACGAGAUGGACCAUUCGCAGUUUUGA